AUGCUGCUUUGGAUUCUGUUGCUGGAGAUAUCUCUUUGUUUUGCUGCUGGAAACGUUACAAGAGACGUUUGUAAAGAAGGGAUCUGUUCUUGUAACGAGGUAGAGGGAGAUCUGCACGUAGACUGUGAGAAAAAGGGAUUUACUAAUCUACAGCAUUACUCUGCUCCCACGUCCCAGUUUUAUCAUUUGCUUUUGCAUGGGAAUUCUUUAACAAGGCUUUUCCCUAAUGAGUUUGCUAACUUUUACAAUGCAGUUAGUUUACACAUGGAGAAUAAUGGCUUACAUGAGAUUGUACCUGGUGCCUUUCUGGGGCUGCAGUUGGUAAAACGAUUGCACAUUAAUAAUAACAAGAUCAAAUCAUUUAGAAGGCAUACAUUUCUGGGACUGGAUGACCUGGAAUAUCUGCAGGCUGAUUUUAACCUUUUAAGAGAUAUUGACCCUGGAGCAUUUAGGGACUUAAACAAGUUAGAGGUUUUAAUUUUAAAUGACAACCUCAUUAGCACUUUGCCUACAAACGUGUUUCAGUAUGUGCCGAUCACACAUUUGGAUCUCAGGGGAAACCGAGUUAAGACUUUACCCUAUGAGGGAGUCUUGGAGCAAAUCCCAGGCAUAGCAGAAAUUCUUUUGGAAGACAACCCUUGGGAUUGCAGUUGUGAUCUUUUAUCUCUCAAAGAGUGGUUAGAAAAUAUCCCAAAGAAUGCACUGAUCGGUAGAGUUAUUUGUGAAGCUCCCACUAGAUUGCAGGGCAACGAUUUAAAUGAGACCACAGAGCAAGAACUAUGCCCCUCAAAAAAUGCAGUGGAUUCUAGCCUGGCUGCCCCUCCUGCCCAAGAUGAAACCUGUGAUCCCGGUCCAAUCCCAACCCCCUUUAAAGUCAAUGGACAGGAAGAAUCUGCCACUCCAGGAUCUCCAAUAAAUGGAGGUACAAAGAUCCCAGGAAACUGGCAAAUAAAAACUCGACCUACAGCUGUUGUGUCGGAAAUUCAUGCACAUUACAAACCACCUCACAUCCAUGUCUGCCCAGCUAUUUGCAGUUGUGGUCACCAAACACUGGGCCCUGGAUUAAAAGUAGAUUGUAGUAACAGAAAUGUGAAGAGUUUAUCAGAUUUGGAACCCAAACCUCCAAAUGUGCAGGAAUUAUUCCUGAGGGAGAACAAAAUCCACACUAUAAGAAAAUCACACUUUGUAGAUUACGGUAAUUUAACUUUGUUGGACCUGGGAAAUAACAACAUAGGAAUGGUUGAGAAUAAUACAUUUCAAAACUUGACUGAUUUACGAUGGUUAUACAUGGAUAAAAACUGUAUAGAUACUCUCAUGCCUGAUAAAUUCGUGGGCCUGCAGCGUCUCGAAUAUCUGAAUUUGGAAUUUAACUUCAUUCAGCUGAUCCUCCCAAAUACAUUCAAUCCAAUGCCUAAUCUUAGGAUCCUGAUCCUAAAUAAUAAUUUACUUAAAUCUCUACCUGUGGAUGUGUUUGCUGGUGUCAGUCUUUCUAAAUUAAGUCUUCACAAUAAUUAUUUUAUGUACCUUCCAGUGAAUGGAGUACUGGAUCAGCUCACCUCAAUUAUACAGAUAGACCUUCAUGGCAACCAGUGGGACUGUUCCUGCAAUAAUGUGCCUUUCAAACAAUGGGCAGAACGUCUUGGCCCUGAAGUAAUAGUAAGUGAUCUCAAAUGUUAUUUCCCAGAAGAAUUUUGGGGAAAAGAUUUUAGGUUUCUUUCCAAUGAUAUGAUGUGUCCACUACUAUAUGCAAAAUUGUCCCCCACUUUAACUUCACAAAACAAAAACAGCACUGGCUUGGCAGAGACAAAUACCCACCCAAAUUCCUACCUAGAGACCAGUCGUGUGUCUAUUUCAGUACUAGUACCAGGACUCUUGCUGGUGUUUGUUACUUCUGCCUUUACAGUGGUUGGCAUGCUUGUAUUUAUCCUUAGAAACAGGAAAAGAUCUAAGAGAAGGGAUGCCAACUCUUCUGCAUCUGAAAUCAAUUCCUUGCAGACAGUGUGCGAUUCUUCAUAUUGGCACAAUGGACCUUACAACGCAGAUGGCACCCAUAGAGUGUAUGAUUGCGGAUCACAUUCCCUGUCAGACUAAAUGGGAUUAGGAAGGGAUGAGUCUGGGGAGGAGGUUUCAGAGGGCAAAUAAACACAGCACCCUGGAACAUUCGUUUCCACAAUGGACACAACGAUUGUGCAUUAUUGUAAAUUUUGCAAUUUCCUUAAAUUGGGAUGCAUUUAAAAGCUACCUUGUCAUAAAUUAAAAGGACAUUAAUUAACACGGAAUUGUUGGGUAAGAACACAUAUCAGGUAGCCAUCAGAGCUAUUAAUUCCAAUUUAAAAUGGCAAUAGAUAAGUUAAUGGUGGAGUGACAUUUUUAGCUCCGUUGUUUUCAAGAAUGAUGAGAGGCUAAU